GUUUCCUUCCUGGGCGAUGCUUUCUCGUGGCUUGGCUUUUUCUAGCUGCCCCUCGGAUUGCCCGGAUGAAUGCUGCUGGUUGCAAGGGCCUUUCGGACAGGGAGCCAUCUGCAUGCUCUUAAGUAUUUCUGUCUGUCUUGCCUAGUCCCUCGCCCAGCAGGCAACCAACAGACAUCUUCUCGUUCCUAUGAAACAUUCCCCUGGCAAAUAUUCCCUUUAGUAGAACCAUUGAACAAUCUCCAUAGGACCAUGGGGUCAGCCUAUCUGUGGAAGUAUAGCUGGCUCCUGGGCAAUUCUCCAGCAUUUCCAAUGAAAAUGCAGGGCUUGAAGAGUGAGAGAUAAAUACAGUUGCCUGCAAUAAGGUUAUUGUCUCUCAGGAAGACAAUAUGGCUGCCAGUGAGGAGGCCAAAGGAGCUCUGUGUUUGCAGUUCAAGGCUGGACUAGAAAAGAAUGUACAGACCAGGGUCAAAAUGGAGGCACAGGAUCUGUCAGGACUUGAACACAGGACUGGAUCCAAGAGGGAAGGAAGACGUCAAGGUGAUGUCAAGGUUGCGAGCAACCAGGCUUUCUUGAAAUGGGAGGCACCACCUCAGCUGAAGGAGGAACUGGGUGAUGAAAAGCAUCUGCCUUGUUUAAAAUCGCAGGAGUUCCUCAAGGUUAUGCACUCCGUUCCCUCACCAUGGCGCAACCCCCACGCACUUGGGCCCACACUGUGGCGUACCAUGAAGGCUUUUUCAUCCUCCUUGGAUGAAGUGGCUGAUGCUUACCAGUGGCCCCAAGGUGCGCAGGACCUCAGUAGAAAUGUCUUGCAAGAAUAUGGAAGGUUGGAGGCCAGAAACAGAGAUGAUUGGAAGGCAAGGGAAGAGGCUCUGGGAGGUGACUCUACUGCCAUUACAGAUGUGCAGCGCAAGCUCUUCAGGGAAUUCCGCUACCAGGAAGCCAAGGGGCCCCGUGAGGCCUGCAGCCACCUCUGGCAUCUUUGCCAUCAGUGGCUGAAGCCGGAGAGGCACACGAAGGAGCAGAUCCUGGAACUGGUGAUCCUGGAGCAGUUCCUGACUGUCCUGCCCCAGGAGAUGCAGAGCUGGGUUGUCCAAGAUGGCUGCCCAGAGACUUGCAUGCAAGCGGUGGACUUAGCAGAGGGUUUCCUGCUGAGGCAGCAAGAAGCCAAGAGACCAAAGCAGCAGGUGCUGACGCUGCUCCAGAAGACGGCUUUGAAUUUUCCUCCAGCAGCAGGUGCUUCUGGACAGAGGCGGCUGUGUACAGAAGCUAAACAGGAGGAGGGUGCAUCAGCCUGCAGUCCAGCAGGUGACAGGUGGGCAAAUGAGAAUAAAGAAGUGAAUCCUCUACUGGAAAAUCCCGACCAGUUGAAACUUCCAUGCCAGGAAGAUGGUGCACCACCUGAGCGUCUGAAUGGAUCAGAGAAGGGAAAUGAAAGCCACCUGGAAAGGAGUGUGGUCAAGUCUGUUCUUUACACCAAAGGGAAGGAGGACCUAAAAAAAAGCAUCACCCAGCAGAGACUCCUCAAAGACGAUAAGCGGCAUAAGUGUGUAGUGUGUGGGCGAGGUUUUAGUCGGCCCACAGGCCUCACUGCACAUCAGCGCAUCCACACAGGCGAGAAACCCUAUAAAUGCUUGGAGUGUGGGAAAAGCUUCAGCCUGAAGUCCACCCUUGUGGCACAUGCGAGAACCCACACCGGAGAGAAACCGUACACUUGCACACACUGUGGAAGAAGCUUCACCGUGAGCUCGGACCUUACCAGGCACUACAGAACCCACACAGGAGAGAAGCCCUACAAAUGUUCAGAAUGUGGGAAAUGUUUUCGGCAGAGCUCCUCUUUCACCAGUCACCUGAGAAUCCACACGGGAGAGAGACCGUUUGAAUGUUCGUGCUGUGGGAAAGCCUUCACGAUGUGUUCAGACCUUACGAAACACUAUCGAACCCACACAGGAGAAAAGCCCUACAAAUGUUCGGACUGCGGGAGAAGGUUCCGGCAACAUUCCUCUUUCACCAACCAUCUGAAGAGCCACCGAGGAGAGCUUCCGUUCAAAUGUUCGUACUGUGGCAAAUCUUUCAGUGUGAGCACGUUCCUCAUUCGACACGAGCGAAUCCACACAGGUGAAAAACCGUAUCAGUGCUCGGAUUGUGGGAAAAGUUUCGGACACAAUUCGCAACUGAUCUCACACAGGAGAGUUCACACAGGGGAAAAACCCUACAAAUGUCUUGAGUGUGGGAAGAUGUUCACUGCUAGCUCUCUCCUCAGGGGGCACCAGAGAAUCCACACAGGUGAAAAACCAUAUAGCUGCUCAGUCUGUGAGAAGACAUUCAGCCUGAGGUCAAACUUUCGUAGACAUCAGAGCACCCAUACAGGGGAGAAGCCAUAUAAGUGCUUGGCCUGUGCAAAAGCCUUCAUUACAAGCUCAGACCUCCUUGCACAUGAAAGAACCCAUGUGGGAAAAUAAUUGUAGAGAUGCACAGGUUAUGGGAUUUUUAUUUUUUAAUGUAUUAAGUCAUUUGAGUAUCCAUUUAACCACAGAAAUAACCAGUGGCUGACAUAGAGCAAGGAUUCACUGAUGCAGCCAAAGCACAGCCUAGCACAACUUCCCAGCUAACUGCACCGGUACAGCGGGGAAGUGGCCUUUUGGAUGCCCUUCUGUUCCCCAGAAAGCCCUCUGUGCCAGGGUGGAUUUGAUUUAAAUCAAACUGAUUUAAAUCACGA